CAAAGAGUUGCCCGUCUCUCCUCAUUACAGCCAAUCUUUAUUCUUCUCUGACUGAGCACUUUGGUAACCCCAGUGAAGACCUUUGCCAGAUUUCAACGCGGGACUCUCGCCAAGUGACAGGAAGGACUACGGUAGCAAUUUAGUGAUCACUCUUUUCUGGACCAGGUCUCAGGCUCGGUAUUUAACCUAUCGCCAGAGUUUCACGUUGGAACGUUUCCGAUCCAUUUUAUACAAUAGUCAGCCAAGAUGCCUUUAGGUGGAGGAAGAAAAUGCUCCCGAUGCGGAAAGACAGUGUACGCCGCAGAAGAGAUCAAAACCAAUUCAUUCUCCUACCAUAAACUGUGCCAUAGAUGCUUCCUGUGUGACACCGGUUUGGACUCCAAGACAGUGUCUCCCCACGAAGAUGAGCUCUACUGUAAGAAAUGCCACGCCCGUAAGUUCGGCAUCAAGGGUAUCGGGUUUGGAAUUGGAGGUGGAGCGCUUGGCAUGGACGAAGGCGAACAACUCGGAAACGUUCCAGACCCAAGUCUACGGGGAGCUCCAGCAAUCGCAGCAGCGUACGCCCAUUCCGAUCUGACGGGAGUCUCAGGGGCCGGCGGUGACCGCUGCCCGAGAUGCGGCGGAUCUGUCUACGCCGCAGAAAAGAAAAUUGGAGCAAACAAUACUUGGCACUCUAAGUGUUUCACGUGCUUCAUGUGUAAUAAGCGGCUGGAUUCCACCACCUUGGCCGAUAAGGACGGCGAAAUCUUCUGUAAAGGCUGCUACGGGAAAGGAUUCGGACCCAAAGGAGUCGGAUUCGGUGGCGGCGCUGGUGCUCUGGCCACGGAAUAAAGCGUCCUUUCUUGGCGGAAGUUUACUCAUCCCGGACAACCUUUUUACUUAAAAAUCAGUGUUAUUUUAUCUCCAAUGCAAAUAAGAUCAUUCAUUACCUCAUUUUCCAAUAAUCGGCACGAUCUCUCCGUCGGAUCCACCCAGACAUUUUCAUACGUGCCGCUUUUUAUUGAUAUCUAAAACUUAUUUAAAAUAGCCAUUUCGAAGUCUACUAACCCUCUGAAAUCAUUUAUGGAAAUUGAAAUAUCAAGUGCUUUUACUGCUUUACUCAUCAUUGUAAGUUGGUGAUAUAGCCAUCGAAGUAUUCCGAGGUUUAAUUAACACGUUGAACAGUUUAAAUUUGCAAAUCAUGUUAUUCAAAAUAUUUUCCUCACAAACUAACGCUGAUAAAAAAAGUUAUCGUUACACAUGGAUUAUUUUUGUCAUAAUGUUGAUAUGAUAGGGAUGUAUAUGGUAUUUUUAAGGAAUAUUUGAUAUUUUAUUUUCAGUAUUAACA